GCCUUUGGGCACGUGGAGCGGGCCGAGAUGGUGCCGAAGAGCUCGGGGUCGCGGAGCCCCUCGCCCGGGAAGCCGGAGGAGGAAGAUGAGCUGUCCCGCCGCUGCCGCCGCUUCAUGGCCUUGCCGGUGACCGAUCUGCGCGAGCUGCGGGGAAGGCCAGGCGACAUGAAGACCAAAAUGGAACUGCUGAUCCUGGAGACUCAGGCCCAGGUGUGCAAAGCGCUGGCACAGGUAGACGGCGGCGCCCGCUUCUCUGUGGACCGAUGGGAGAGGAAGGAAGGAGGUGGUGGCAUCAGCUGUGUACUUCAGGAUGGACAUGUUUUUGAAAAGGCCGGGGUGAGCAUUUCUGUUGUUCAUGGAAAUCUUUCUGAGGAAGCAGCAAAACAAAUGAGAAGCAGAGGAAAAAUUCUGAAGACUAAAGAUGGUAAAUUACCAUUUUGUGCAAUGGGUGUGAGCUCUGUUAUCCACCCCAAGAACCCUCAUGCUCCUACUAUCCAUUUCAACUACAGAUACUUUGAAGUGGAAGAAGCUGAUGGUAACAAGCAGUGGUGGUUUGGUGGUGGAUGUGACCUUACUCCUACAUACUUGAACCAAGAGGAUGCUGUCCAUUUUCACAGAACUCUAAAGGAGGCUUGUGACAAGCAUGGUCCAGAUCUUUACCCCAAAUUUAAAAAAUGGUGUGACGAAUACUUUUUUAUAGCCCAUCGUGGUGAGCGGAGAGGCAUCGGGGGCAUCUUCUUUGAUGACCUUGACUCCCCAUCCAAGGAGGAGGUGUUUCGCUUUGUGCAGAGCUGUGCCCAAGCUGUGGUUCCUUCGUACAUUCCCCUGGUAAAAAAGCACUGUAAUGACUCAUUCACCCCUCAGGAAAAGUUGUGGCAGCAACUCCGGAGAGGACGGUAUGUAGAAUUUAAUCUGCUGUAUGACCGGGGCACCAAGUUUGGGCUCUUUACUCCAGGAUCCCGAAUCGAAAGUAUCUUGAUGUCUUUACCUCUAACUGCUCGAUGGGAGUACAUGCAUUCCCCCUCAGAGAACUCCAAAGAAGCUGAAAUCCUCGAAGUUUUGCGCCAUCCAAGGGACUGGGUACGUUGAAGCAGCCAGAGUGACCUACCUGGGGCCCAGAGGACACAGAAUGUGUGCUCCCUUUCCACUGGUCGCCACUGUGUGGCACUUAGUUACUUGUGCCUUUGAAUUCCAGCCUUCACACUGGGGCCUGCUUCUCCUGGCAAGUACUGAGAUGUGUUUAAGCACUGUUAAGUUCCCAUAUGUGGUGAGGUGGCAAGUUGUCAGGGUAAACUGGUUGAUAUAAAAAUCAUUUAUAUUUUUAGAAUUGUAUAAAUUGUUUACAAAAUAAGACAUUGAGUUUCCAGGUAUUAAGUUAAGAACUCUAAAAUAUUCUUUGCAUCAGGAAACAUUUUAUUUUUUUGCUUCAUGUAUGUUUUUUAAACUUUUCAUUGCUGCCACAAAAGUUUGCAGGGUGGGGGGGUAAAUUUUAUUUUUAUUACUGAAUGAGGUUGGAAUUUAGUAAUUUUAAAAAGCAACUUGAUGGUAAAAGUUUUACUUUAUAAACUACAUUACUAAAGUUUCUUUAAUUGUAAUCUUUAUAUAUAUCUUUCUCCAGAGGUUCUAUGUUGUGAAAUACUCAUUUUUAUAAUGAUGGAACACUUGAAAUUUCCUUAAUCAUAGCUUGUGUUAGGAUUCAGUCAUUACUUGUGGUUGUUAACUCUAAAGUGACAUUGUUGUUUAAAUAAGGGAUAUUUAAGUUGUUUUUCUGAUUUUUGUAGGACUAUUUGUUAUGAUAGUCUUUACUCUUUUGAUUGUGAAAGCUUGUAACUUUGAUUCUGAUAUUUAAAUUUUUCUAUUCUAGACAUUUCUACUUGGAAAUUUAGAUUGAGAACAAUCCUGGGAUUUGUGAAUUUAAAAAAUGUUUCUCAUUUGGGAAAUGAGGAAAUGAGAAGCAUUUUCCUUUUUUAAGCGGAUAAAUUACUGUGAAAACAUUUUAUAAACAUACUUCUUUGUAAGGUAGUCUAAUUAAAAUUGACCUUUUUUUAAAUUAUAGAUUCUGCAACUCUGCUCUUAAGACAGAAUCAAAGCAGAAUUCUUAGUAUGACUUCCUUAUUUACGUAAUAAUGUAUUUUAUUCAUAACAUAUUGAAGUUUAAGUAGUAAUAUCUUUCUACAUAUUACUAAAUAUGAUCUUGGGAAAUGUUGAAUGUAUAUGACUGUGAAUGACUCUUUAGGACUGGAAAAUGUGUGAAUUCUUGACUUGUCUUACAGCAAACCCAUUAAUAAAUGAUAUUAUGAAGUAU